UCCACUAGUUGGUGAAAUGGGCGUGGCGAGUUCGCUUCUUGUCUUGAGUGGGACGACAACGCCAAGUCAAGUUGCCGUUUCUUCAAAAAAUACAAAAUAAAAUUCAAAAAAUAAUAGUAGUAAUAAUGACGCUUUUCACUGCAAAGGACAACCCGAGGCUGUAAAAAGAAAAAGUGGAGAUGGAGGACUUCUGGGCUGUGGUGGUUUGGGCUGGGAGGAUAUGGCUGGGCGUCAUAGUCGGCCUCAUCAUGAUCCCUGCCAUGUUUGGCUUCUCACUGGGCAUCUCUGAGACCUACAUGGACAUCCUGGUCAAAACACUGGAGUGGGCCACACUAAAGUUACAGAAGGCAAGCAGGGAAGAACAUGCACUAAAAGCAUCUGCAUCCAGUGCUCUAAUCCAGAGGGAAGAUGGUUCCAUGGAGAAAGAGUUAGAGGAACUAAGACGAAGUCGCCCCAAACCUCCGGAGGGCGGCGAUUUUACGCUGAGCGACUGUUUCUAUUUCACCCGCAGAGGAAUUGAGAGCAUUGUAGAGGAUGAGGUGACGCAGCGGUUCACUUCAGAGGAGCUGGUCUCUUGGAACCUUCUGACCCGCACUAAUAAUGACUUCCAGUACAUCAGUCUGAGGCUGACUCUGGUCUAUGGUCUUGGCAUUUUCAUCAGAUACUGCAUUCUCGCACCUCUCAGGAUCACUCUGGCCUGCAUUGGCCUCACCUGGCUGGUCAUCGGGACAUCUGCCGUGGGGCUGCUCCCCAACUGGAGGAUGAAGUUCUGGCUCAGCGAGUGGGUCCACGUCAUGUGCUACAGGAUCUGCGCCCGAGGCCUCUCCGCCGCCAUCCGCUAUCACAACAGGGAAAAUAUACCCCGAAAAGGAGGCAUUUGUGUGGCCAAUCACACCACCCCCAUUGACAUCGUGAUACUCUGCAAUGAUGCCUGCUAUGCCAUGGUGGGGCAGGUGCACGGAGGUCUGAUGGGGGUGGUCCAACGGGCCAUGGUACGAUCCUGUCCCCACGUGUGGUUUGAGCGAGCGGAGAUGAAAGAUCGCCAUCUGGUGACCAAGAGGUUGAAGGAUCACGUGAAUGACAAGACGAAACUCCCCAUAUUGAUAUUUCCAGAGGGAACCUGCGUCAACAACACGUCGGUCAUGAUGUUUAAGAAGGGGAGUUUUGAAAUAGGAGCGACAAUUUACCCCGUUGCCAUAAAGUACGAUCCCAAGUUUGGCGACGCCUUCUGGAACAGUUCCAAGUACAGCAUGGUGAGCUACCUGCUGAGGAUGAUGACCAGCUGGGCUCUCGUCUGCAAUGUCUGGUAUCUACCUGCCAUGCAUCAACAGGAGGGGGAAGAUGCCGUCCAGUUCGCCAACAGAGUCAAGUCAGCCAUCGCUCACCAGGGAGGACUAGUGGACCUGCAAUGGGAUGGAGGCCUGAAGCGAGCGAAGGUGAAGGAGUCAUUCAAGGAGCAGCAGCAGAAGCAAUACAGCCACAUGGUGGUGGGAGACGACAGCAGCAGCAACAGCGACUGAGGAGCCGACGAUGGGACGAGACACCUUUACUUGAAACUCAUUUCCUCGUGACCUGGAUGGACACCUGCCCUCACACACACGCACACACACACACACACACACACACACACACACACACACACAGUGCAAUAGUGAACUUGAUGAGGAAAUGGAUGCCUGCUGCUAUUUCUUAUAUCUAGAUUGUCAUGAUGUUGAAUGUAAUGGAUCGAGAACAGAGUUGGAUACAAACACGUGAUGCAUGAUGGCGUUCAUGUGUUGCUUGUUGUUUUUUUUUUUUUAAAAUAAAGCUUACAGAUGUUGUCGCCAUGCUGUAAUUAGCUGACAUAUAACAUAAAUGUGGCAACAAAUCAUGCAUGUUAGGUUCUAAAUCAUCCAUAGAUGUGACUGUGAAUGUUUUCUGUCAUCUACAUAUGCACUGACAUUGACAGGUGACCAGUCCAGGGUGUAGCCCGCCUCUCACUUACUGGGAUAGACUCCAGCUAACUUGCCCGUGACCUUAAUGAGGGCAAGCCCAAUAGAUAUAUUUGACAUUAUAUGUAGCAUAAGGAAACUGAAUGACACUCCAGUUCUAACCAGCUUCUUUAUUUUUACAUUACACAUGGUCUCAUAAACAGCUGAAAGAAAUAAUAUAGCACUUAAAUAACACAUGACAAUAAAAGAUCAGCACAAGUUGUGAGGCGUUUAAAGUACAACACACAAGUGAGACUUUUUGGUUGGCUGUGCAAUGGAUGCUUUGCUGCAUAUUUGCUCCUUGCUGUCUGCCACCUUGAGUGGUUUUUCACUAUCAUUGCCUGAAAAACAAAUGAAGACGUUUUAGUAUGUUGGUUUAUGGUGAGCAUGAAUGUUAUUGAUUGGGACGUUUGAGCACUUACUUGAAUGAUCUGUGCUGCCUUCAGUAUCCUGAAACAUAAAGAGACAACUUGAGUUUGAGUAUUGUUUAAAAAAAAACAAAAAAAAAUCAAAGCUUUUACUUUGUGUCUUUUACCUCUGUUAAGUUACUUUUGUUUUUCUUCCUCUGUUCCAGAUAUCUGGAAUAUGACAACAAAAAUAAUAACAAUGAGACUCCAAAGUGUUCAUUGAGAAGCUGCGUUGUGUUCACUGACCGUGAGGAAAGGAACGUGAUCAAUCCAUUCAUUUUCUAUUGCGUUCUGUUGAGCUGUAUCCUAUGCCUGUAACUAAUUACACUCGAAUGUAAUCGACAGGACCCUUGGACGCCUCCUCUAAAAACGUGCAUUAAAUGAGUGACCACAAAGUGGCGCUAUGCGGUCAUAUUUGGAAAAAAGAUGUUACGUUUGAGACUACGGCAAAUGACUAAAGAGCAAAUCGCAAGUGUCUGCUUUAGGAGGAGGAAGUGAUAUGUAAAAAAAAAUCUGAGCUUUUGUGGCUAUUUUUUAAAUGUAACAAAAAUUGGAAUCGUAGAAAUUUACAAACGCAUCUAUAAUUUAAUGACACAUUUUCUCCCAUCAUUGUAAUGUAUAACAAAUACUCCAUACCGUUACUACACAGUAGUGCACAAAGACAAACAGACGCCAAGUACCACCUUAAAAAAAUACAGAAUCUCUUCAAGUGCCACCAUGACCAACAUUAAAAUACAGUAACGCAGUAGGCUCAUGUGUUUAUCAAAAACGAGACAGAGGUUUUCUUCCUAAAGAGUAUAUUUAAUAUUUUUGCAAGCCACUGUAAAACAUGCACAGUUUGAACAUUAACAUUGUGCUUAAAUAUAGGAAAAUAAAAAAACGGUAUAACGAUUCAAUUAAAAUGUAUUGCACAUAAAAUAAAAAAUAUCACGAUUCAAUGUUCCCCCUCCCGCCAGGGUUGUUACAGUAUACAAGUACACGUUUAGAGUUGUACACUUUAGUGUAGUACCACAUUGUGCUGCAACAUGCUGGUCUAUUGGAAGAGAUGCAGCAUGAUUAGGAGCAAGAAGAAGGGGCUGAGAAGGGCCCCAACUGGAUGCCAGUAAUUGUCAUUGUUUCCACAGAGCAGAGCGAAUGCCUGUUAAGUAGGGUUGUCUGCUUUAUUUGUUUGUAUUGUUGCUCCAUGUGUGUUAAAAAGUUCUGUUUUUGUCAACCAUUCUAUGACAUUUCACAUUAUAUGUUAGCAUUACGCUAACAGACUUUCAUUGGAGGAAAUUAUUUAAUUUGGUUGAACAGUUUAGUGUUUAAAUGAACAAUGUUUAAUUCUAUUUUGUUUCAUGUCAAUUUUACAGUUAACGUUUCACGGCUAACAUUGCUCUACCAAUGCAAGUUGACAGUAACCUUCCCACCGUUGCAGAUACGAGUCGCAGUUCCUCUGAUCGAAUUUGUCCGCCACCUUCAGUCCAUCCGGUGACUCCACGUUCACUCGGCCCGACGCUCCAGAUGCGAUCGGCAUCUCGACCUGCAGGACCCACACGCUGACGAGAAGGGAAUUGAACUUGCGCUCAUUUGGAUGCGACCCAGCAGUCCAUCUUGUUGUGCAGAACGUCUAAUGUCUUCUUUUUGGGGGGUUGAGCGGGCAAUGCAUAGUAGAUGCUUUGAGUUUAUGUGAGGGGUUUGUUGUUGUAUCCAUGCCAACAGCCAUUGUAUCCAUUGUAAAAAGGGCUGGCGCUGGAAUUGGGGUGACUUUAAGGACAACCUUGACACACAGAAUAAAAAUGAGGAUGGACCAAA